ACAUGCCAUGAAUUUGAAUACUUCAUGAAUUGCCAUGAACAUUCAAUUACAACAAACCCCCAAUUUUAAAUUACUGUAGAAGUCUUUUCCCCUGAUCAAGUUCAUCCCAAGCCUUCUUUCAUCAAACUGUCGUGCAUGCAUUUUGUGCAUGCCUCUACCAACUCAAAUUGUUUCUCUCUAUAGUUCAUCAAGCAACCGUCAAAUUCACAAUAUUAGAAGAAGAUCUGGAGAUUUGGAUUAGAGAUAUUUGAGGGUCAAAUGUCGUCGGCGGCGAGGAUCUGCAUGAACGGAUUGUGCGGGGCAACGACGACUUCUCAAUGGAAGAGAGGUUGGCCCAUGAAAGCCGGCGGUUUUGCUACUCUCUGCUGCGCCUGCGGCACUGCAUAUGAUAACGUACGCUACUGUGAACGUUUCCACCUUAAUGAACCUGGUUGGAGAGAAUGCAAUUCUUGUGAUAAGCCUGUUCAUUGUGGAUGCGUUGUUUCAAAAUAUCUUCAUGAAUGCCUUGAUUUGGGAGGGAUAUUGUGUAUAAAAUGCUUAAGAGCCAAGGCAAUCCAACCCAUAAAGCAGUCGAUUGUUAACGAGAUUCCAAAUGGCUUUGCUCGGUUUUCUGCCACCUGGCAACCCUCCAUCUUUGAUAAAGGAAAGCUCACACAGUUAACAAGGGAAGGGUUAGAGAAGCAUCAACACACAUCUUCCACUUCAACCAUUGGUCUUCAAUUUAGACAAGAUGAAAAGACACCCUCUUCUAGUAAAGAUGUUGGCUCAAGCUUUCUGAAACCAUUAACUUUGCCUUCCAUCUUUCCAACCCAAUUACCUGAUAACAACAAACCAAAUUUAGGGUUGAAAUCGACAUAUGAACAAUCUUUGGGGUUUGCUUUGAGUUCUUCCAUUAGUUCCAUACUCCCUACUUAUAAUGGGGCUGCAGUACAAGAAAAAGUUGGUUUGGUGAAACAAGAGCAAAAACCUCGUCCAAAACCAUCAAAAUCAGGGGUUAGUGUAAAGUCACAGCCAAACAAAGGGGGGAUGGGUGCGGAUAAUCUAGUUGCUAGACCACCGGCUGAAGGACGGGGACGCGGUCAGUUGCUUCCGAGGUACUGGCCAAAGAUCACUGACCAAGAACUUUUGCAAAUAUCUGGAGACUUGAAUUCAAACUGCACUGUUACUCCGUUAUUCGAGAAGGUUCUGAGUGCAAGUGAUGCUGGUCGAAUUGGUCGCUUGGUUCUACCAAAAGCAUGUGCUGAAGCGUAUUUUCCGGCUAUAGAUCAAUCGGAAGGUUUACCGAUAAAGAUCCGGGAUAUAAAAGGGAAAGAGUGGACAUUUCAGUUCAGAUUUUGGCCCAAUAACAACAGUCGAAUGUAUGUUUUAGAGGGCGUAACCCCCUGCAUACAAAACAUGCAAUUGCAAGCUGGCGACACUGUGAUAUUUAGUCGGUUAGAACCAGAUGAUAAACUCAUAAUAGGAUUUCGAAAGGCACCAAUUUAUGCUGAAUCAAUAGCUAUUCCUAAUACUGUUAAUGAUGGAGCUCUUAUAUCUACAGGGAAUGAAAACUUAUCAACAAAUAUCGAGCAGGAAGUGAUUCAUGAGAAAAAGAAGGCACGAAAUAUAGGGUCAAAAAGCAAGAGGCUGCACAUGCAUUGUGAAGAUGCAAUGGAGCUCAAGUUUACAUGGGAAGAAAUGCAGGAAUUCCUCAGGCCACCUCCUUCUAUUAACCCAACAGUUGUCAUGAUAGAAAAUUGUGAAUUGGAAGAAUACAAUGAGCCACCAGUUUUUGGCAAGAAGACCAUAUUCACAACAAAUGCAUCCCGGCUACAAGAACAAUGGGUUCAGUGUGAUAGUUGCUCCAAAUGGAGAAAGCUACCUUCAGAUGUUCUUAUUCCUUCCAAAUGGACAUGCUCUGAUAAUGUUUCUGAUCCAAACAGGUGUUCCUGUUCAGCCCCUGAGGAGAGAGGAGAUUUGAACCGAAUCUUGAGAUUUGGCAAGGAAUCUAAGAAGCGAAAAGUUGCGGAAAAUUGUGGGACCCAAGAACCGAAAGUAGAGCCUACCGGAUUGGACGCGUUAGCCACGGUUGCAGUAUUAGGAGCAAACCCUAAUGAAGCGUGCGCCACCACAAGACACCCGCGACAUCGACCCGGUUGCAGUUGCAUCGUAUGCAUUCAACCCCCAAGUGGAAAAGGAAACCACAAACCAAACUGCAUUUGCAAUGUCUGUUCCACAGUAAGGCGGCGUUUCAAAACCCUAAUGUUACGUAAGCGGAAACGCCUAUUGGAACAGGAAUCCGAUCAGGCCCGGAAAUCAGCCGUUCCGGUUAACAUCGGAAUGGAAUCAGGCGAAGGGAUUGGAAUUGGAAUUGGAACCGGAACUGGAAUUGGAACCGAGGUGAUUAGCGAGAGUAGCAAUAAAGGUCAAGAAUUGGAUCUGAAUUGUGACCCAAAGGAAGAAGAGAUGAUGCUAGCUUUUACUGCCAGUGCUUCUGACAUCCCAACAGAGUGGCAUGACAUGCUUGCAAAACUUGUACCCAAAGGUACAACCGACAUGAAAGAGGAGCCUAUUAUAACAACCAACAAGGUCAUUGAAGGUAGUUGAUUCUGGUUCUUGGGUUUAGUUUUUGAAAUCGGUUUUCCUAAAUAUUUGUUUAUUUUACCAUUUUACCCUACAGUAGUAGGACAUCUAGAGCUUUUAUGAAACAAGAAUCAGUUGGCUUUUCCCUUUUCUUCUUGCUUCUAUAUGA